ACCCCGGUAAUCCGGACCCCGUGUCCAUCGUGGGAUCCAGCUGGGGAUCUAGCUUGGUAUCCAUCCGCCGGAUAUUGAUAGUGCCACGCACCGCAUCUCCAUACGCCGCGCUAUCGCUAAUCUAACGGGGCUAACCAGCGAACUGGACUUACUUGGGGCCAAUCUCCAGUUCCAGAUCCCAGACAGCAUCCAGACACCAGACCGGCUCUUGCGCCUUUGCACAUCUCAAACGACCAGUUUCUUGAAAUCCGUCCUCAACCCUUCCUCGACCGAGACAACGUCCACUCGACUCCAACUGGACCCCGAUCGCGACCGUUUCCCGUAUCCCCCUUCGCCCAACUAACGACCUGCGGAAUGGCGCAUCCGCUCCUCCUCCAGCGAUGACCUCCCGGCCCCCUUUGGGCGUCCAGCAGCGACAGCCCCAACAGAGAAAGUUGAGCGGCCCGGUCCUGUCGCAACAGCGCUCUCUGUCGCAAUCCCAGGCGCAGGCCCAGGCGCAGCAGCAACAACAGCAACACCUUCACACACAACAACAACAACCACAACAACAGCAGCAGCAGCAGCAGCAGCAGCAGCAGCAGUAUGAUGCCUCGAGCUAUCUACCGCCGCCGCCGCCGGCUCCCACUCGUAAUAACAACCAUAACAACUUCACAAACCAAAACAACACUCUCAACAACGCCUUCCCGCCCGAACUCGCCCAGCAAGACCCCACGAGCAUAGUUUCUCCCGCAGACCCGUCGGGUUCGUCACCCGCACUUUCCGUGGGUGUUGGUCGCUAUGGGACCCAGCGCCGAGGUGGUUCGCGCCUUAGGCUUGAGCUAUCGCACAACGAUCCUUCCGACGCCUUCUCGUCUCCCACCGUGAUCGAAUCUCCCGGCCUCGUGGAACCGCAUACUCAGUAUGGCUCCUUGACGCACCUAAUGAUGCCUCUAGCCGAUGGGCCCGAUUUGGGCGACAUGAGUCCCCAUCAUCGACUCUCCAUUCCGCCCCAACACCUAGAUGCCGACGUUCCGAUCCCCUUUCCCCAGCGCCGACCGAAAGCAGUGCCCGAUCACUCGCGUCGAGAACAAGCGCCACCGCCGCCGAACCCGGCCCGGAAAGACACGCGUCCGAAACCGUAUACCAUCGAGUUACCUGCCGCCGCGCCGCGCUAUCGUAUCCGUGGGAGGAGUGAUGGACAAGGGGGCCAGGGGAGGUCAAGUGCGCUUGCAACGGCAUCAUCGUCCUCCACGACAGGCAGCUCUGCCACCGCAAACUAUGGAUGUGCCGACUUCUUCCCAUGGUCAGGGACGGCCGGCAACCACCCCGAAGAUCAGUUUAACGACACGGCCAUACGGGUGGGAUACUGCGAAAAGCAGUUUGUUACCCCAGAGACACAAUCCGCAAAGACGGUUUUGUUUCACGGCUUAAAGCAGCGGAGUGGACUGAACGCGUUAUCCAUCUUCUUUGCGGGUGUGCUAUGGCACAGGAGAAAUGCGGGUCAAGUAACUGCGCCAUCGACCUUCAAGCCGCCCCCAAGAGUCACGCUCACUGACACCAAAAAAGAAGUCUGGCUCAAAGACCUGGCCAACUCCGCCAUUCCUCUUCGGAAACUCAGUCGAUCAAUCCCCCACGGCGUGCGUAACAAGGUCUUGCUGGAUCAGUGUUUGAACAAGAACGUUCCAAUAGACCGUGCCGUCUGGCUGGCCAAGUGUGUGGGCACCAACGAGCUACGCACCUUUAGGAGGCUUGGUAAGGGAAACAACGCUUCGGUUUUGGAAGGCGAGCGCAAGUGGCUCAAGGACUGGACCCUCGUCAUCGAGAAUUUCAUUGAGCGUGUCUUUUUCUCGUUCGGCGAGCAAAACUGGAAAGCCAAGGUCAACUACGCCAUCCAGCUAGCGGCGCACCUAUAUGCCGAGGGCCUCAUGGACCGUGAGCAUUAUCUUGAUUGGACGGUUUCUAGCUUGGAAUCGAGCCACCACUCUCAACUGCCCAUGUGGAUUAUUAUCGCACAAAUUUACUGGAAAGACCUGCUUCGUCUAAGGAAGUAUGGCCGAAGACUUGCUACUGCUCUCAUUAGUCAUUACCAUGUGAUACAUGCACACGAAGACAGAGAUAUUUAUGUUCCUCUUCUUUCCAAGCUAUCGCACCUUUUAGGAACGCUGAUGGUGGCUACACCCGAAAACUUCGUAUCGCCUUCUGUGUGGGUGAAGUACCGAGACGCUCUCAAAACAUGUCUGCCUCAAGGGGACGAAGCACGCCAUAGAUCUUUUGCCGGUAUCAAUUAUCGGAACGAACAACUAGUCGCCUCCGCCAACAGGUCGCAACCGGCUGCCCGAAUUAUCCUUGUGAGGAACCUGGACCAGGUCAUCUUGGAGAAGCCGAUGCCUGAUGAGUUUCCAGCGCAGUGCUGGACUGUCUCCAAGGAUAAGGCUGCCCUGGUCAGGGCUCUCCUCGAGUGGUGUACGACACCAUACAGGCCAGGGCUCGCAAAAGUUUAUGUUGCCCAUCGGAUAUUAAUGCAUUGGAGUACGCUGCGGUUGGACGUCACUUCAGCUGUGCUGGGCUUCAUGGAAGGAGAGGCCCUUGAAGAGAUGGAGUGCAAGGACGCGCUCUAUCACCUCGUAUCCGAGCUAGUUCGCUCGGGGAUUUUUCUGGUAUCGCAGUACAUUCAAUGGCUGAUCACGCGUGGUGGGCUGACUGAUCCGCAACUGGUCAUGCCGGACGGUCCCCCGUUUUCUCGACUGCUUGCAGAGCUUCCAUCGCAUAUUUUGGGCAGUUCACAGAAACGAUCUAGAGAUGCGUUGCUUCGCCGGGCAGGCUUUCGCAUCGCAGACGACGCACAAGAUGCAGAUAUGGCCAUCAGACACCUCCGGCAUGCACUAGGCCUGCCUGCAGGAGUUACUGAUGCCGUGUCAAUGGCCAGGCCCUUUCCGAUUAAGAAAAUAGCCCGGCGCAUCGAAGACGCCAGCCGAGCGCGCAAGGCAGAAAUUGCUUCCUGGCUACGGAACACAGUCUUUGGAGGAGAACUUGAACACAGUUCUCUUAACGCUUUCGGUCAGCAUGACCUCUCUACCAGACUUUUCAACUCGAUAAGGACAGUAUUCGAGGCCGCACAGGAAUUUUCAGUAUUUGCUGAUGUCCUCCGAAUGCUGACAAAAUGCUCCAAUCCUGAAGUACUCGCCUCAAUCGCGGAUACGAUCACUCGGUAUACUUUUGUUUUUGCUGCUCUCAGCUGUCUCAAAAACCUGUUUAGCAUUCUUCAUAGCAGGCUCAGAGAGGUGCAAGAGCAGGGGAUAGGAGCGCGGCCGUUACUUGCGUCGCUCGCUUACCUGGCAUCCCGGGUCCCUGGAAUGGACGAAGUCGCUACGCAGUUGAAGUCCGACUUGGCUGUGAGCGACCGGCACAAUCCUGUAGACGCUUGUUCACCUGUUAGUGACAAUAUGGUUUCUCGUCUUUCAGACCACGAUGGCGAUCUCCAUGAAGAGGUUGAGAAGCUUCUGGCCAACGGUACUAGUCUUGAUCGCAACACGAUGGAUCGGCUUUUCAGUGCGGUGAUUCAGCGACUACAGGCAUACUGGGCCAAGGGCGAUGAACAGCAGAGGGUUUACGGUAUUCUCCUGAAGCGUCUGCGAAUGUUCAAUCCACAGCAUUUCGACGAGCUCAUGACACAAUGGCUUCUUUACGUGCGGGGUCUUGACACGCGGGCAACGAUCCUGCACCUAUACCCUCUUUUGGUCUCUAUAGGUUGUUUGGAAAUGCCUGCAAUUCUGGCAACAGCUUCGGAGUCACCCAAUGCUCCUGGAGCCGGUAAUUUUCGACAUCCUCCAUCAGCUGUCGCCACAUCUCAGAUUGUUCAGACCACCUUUCGUACUAAGUAUAUGCAAGAAGUGCUCCAACUCUUCAUGGCGCCAGUCUCGUCUGAAAGCUUACUGACGCCAGAGGAGCGCUACCGUUUUGGCAUUCUUCAAGAACAGGCCAAGAAGGAGAGCCCGCGAGAACUACUCUGUUUGAUCCAACUCGCCUUGGCCGAGUAUACUUGUGCUCGUGCUCAAAACGAUCUGGAAGAACUACCCCUGGAUAAGGAAGCAAAUCAGGACCGUCUCCUGGGGCUUUUAAAGCUCCUUGUGUUAAAGGACCCUGUAGGAGUUGCCAAGGCGCUGCAAAUCAGAGGACCUGACGCCCAAGUUGACGGCUGGAUCGAUCGCAUGACUACCAAGCUGCUUGUCACUGCCGCUGGCGAGCGCACACGCGUGACGUUCGAGCAAGUUCUCAACCUCACUAACGAAUUCACUCUCCCCUUCUGCCAUGUUAAGCUACUGUUGAGUCUGUCGUCCAAUGACCAGCAGCAAAACGCGGCAGAUUCGGGCGAACGAGUUCCUUCGAACGUAGAACUUUUUAUGAACGCCAUGGAAAAGUCGAUGGACGCACAGCGGGUCUCAUGGAUUGGAAUGCUCCCCUCUCUCUCGCCCGACCUUACACAUCACCUCAAAAAUCAGGCCCAGGCUCGGUUUCUGAACCUUCUGCCUUCGGCCAGAAACCCACCCUCAAUGACGCUAGACAGGUCAAUGCUCCAGAUGCGCCUCCAAAAAGCCGAGAACUUUCUCGCCAUUAUGGAUACUAUUAUACGCGGAAGCGGUCCAAUGGGGUUUCGUCAGCACCAACUGGUUCCGGUCAUGGUAGAAAGGUUCACUGACAUUCUGGAGCUGUUACAAACUCUGACACCAUUCCCUAGCCAAGCAGGUGGUCUUGGAGGGUGGGGAGGCCAAGGUGCCAGUGCUGCCGCCGCCGGCGGUGACAGUCACAUUGAUCUGAAAAGCGACAUUCUGAACCACUGGCUUCCCCUCUUUCUCAAUUUCCUCACCCUCCAUGCCCAGACCUUUGACACCAGCAAGCCCGGAAACGAAGUUCGCGGCAGAGCUCUCAUGGUGUGCGCUGGUCUUAUCAGGGAACUCGACCUGAUCCACGGGCCCGACUUUGACACUCGUCAAUUGGGUGGGCGCAUCUUCGAUCUGGCUUGCGUGUUAGUUGACAACCUUGCCGAGGAUGCGCGGCUACAGUGUAUCCAAGCUCUGAAGUCCCCUUCAGAUGUGAAGCUUAGGUACAUCUUCAGCUAUCAGGACAACCCACAUGCAAACUUAAUGCUCUGUCAUAAAGAGAGGCCGACGGCGAUGGCCAUGGGUACUGCCACUGGCACUGGAUCGCCAGCCCCAGGUACCACCCCAACACACACGCCAGGCGUUACUCCUGGGCCACAGAACGCAGGUGGUGCUGGUAGUGCUGUUUCCGGCGCUGGUGGUAGUGGUAAUGGUGGAAGUUACUUUAGUCUUCCCGGUCAUACGCAACAGGCUCAAGCACAAGGAUGGCAUGCCGCCCAACAGCAGCAACAGCAACAACAACAACAACAACAACAACAACCACAGCAGCAGCAACAACAACAGUAUCAGUUACAGCAACAGCAACAGCAACAGCAACAACAAGGAGGCACAGGCCCCAUACCCUCACCAGCCAUCAGCAUCAAUACCAACCUCACCCACCUUAACCUUGGCAACAACAGCAACCCGCCCACACCCUCCCCCAUGAACCCAACGCGACCAGCGAUGAUAAUGGUAGCCAACCCCUGGGGAGGUUACUCGUGGGUGCCUACGAUGGGCGGACCGCAAGAGCGGCUGACGCCCUUCAACUUCCGGCAGUGGGAAAUGCUUAGCGAGCCGACCAGCCAGGUCGGGGAGAAUGACACGGCGGUGAACUUGAUGCUGUUUGAAAGUCGCAAGGUGCAGUGAUGCUACUUGCGCUGUCGGGUCGAGCCUUUGACUGAGGGAGCUGGGCCGCGCUUUGAGGGGUUUAAGCCUGGGGUUGAGGAUAUGGAUGGGUCGGUGCCGAGUCGAAGA